AUGGAUCACACUGUUCCACAUAGUGUGCCAAAACUUCGCGAAAAAUUACCCGCAUUAGGGCAAAAAGUUUUUCGGAACCAUCCAGAACGGAAGAGCAAUUAUCCAGGCUCUUGUCACGAAACUUCUUUCUUGUUUCUCAUUUCUAGGACGUCACGGGAGCUCUCGGGUAGCUGUGAGGCUAGGUUCUCGUCACUUGAAGAGGAACAGGAACGUUUUCAGAUCUCAGUUGCUUCGUCUGUUGGGGACAUCUUGAGUAUUCGCUCAAGAUGA